CUCCCGGUUGCGCGCGGAGCUGGAGGUCUUUCCUCACACCAGCGCUUCCUCGCCGAGAGGCUGGAGCUGCGGCACCGCAGGCCUGGGCUACCGUUUACCUGCCGCCUCCUUUUCCUUCUCAGGGCUCCCAGUCUGCUUGCCACCCGACGCUGCUCAGGAAUUUAACAAGAAACAAAUUUUGACUCAACUAUAUUUUGAAUUGAAGCCAGAAAUAUAUYAGAGUUUAGAUUCUUUCAUUUGAUUAAGGUAUGGUCUGAAUAUGCGUUGCUUGGCAGCUCGGGUCAGCUAUAAGACUUUGAUUAUCAUCUGUGCACUCUUCACUUUGGUCACAGUACUUUUGUGGAAUAAGUGUUCCAGUGACAAAGCAAUCCAGUUUCCACGGCACUUGAGUAGUGGCUUCAGAGUGGAUGGAUUAGAGAAAAGAGCAGCAGCAUCUGAGAGUAACCACUAUGUGAACCACAUGGCCAAACAGCAAUCUGAGGAGGCAUUCCCCCAGGAGCAGCAGAAAGCACCCCCUGUCGUUGGGGGCUUCAAUAAUAAUGGGGGAAGCAAGGUGUUAGGACUCAAAUAUGAAGAAAUUGACUGUCUCAUAAAUGAUGAACACACAAUUAAGGGGAGACGAGAGGGGAAUGAAGUCUUUCUUCCAUUCACUUGGGUAGAAAAAUACUUUGAUGUUUAUGGAAAGGUGGUUCAGUAUGAUGGCUAUGAUCGGUUUGAAUUCUCUCAUAGCUAUUCCAAAGUCUAUGCACAGAGAGCCCCUUAUCACCCUGACGGUGUAUUCAUGUCCUUUGAAGGCUACAAUGUGGAAGUCCGAGACAGAGUCAAGUGCAUAAGUGGGGUUGAAGGGGUGCCAUUAUCGACACAAUGGGGACCUCAAGGCUAUUUCUACCCAAUCCAGAUUGCACAGUAUGGGUUAAGUCAUUACAGCAAGAAUCUAACUGAGAAACCCCCUCACAUAGAGGUGUAUGAAACAGCAGAAGACAGGGACAGAAACAUCAAACCUAAUGACUGGACUGUGCCAAAGGGCUGCUUUAUGGCCAGUGUGACUGAUAAAUCUAGAUUCACCAAUGUUAAACAGUUUAUUGCUCCAGAGACCAGUGAAGGUGUGUCCUUGCAACUGGGAAACACAAAAGAUUUUAUUAUUUCAUUUGACCUCAAGUUCUUGACAAAUGGGAGUAUAUCCGUGGUUCUAGAGACUACAGAAAAGAAUCAGCUCUUCACUGUACAUUAUGUCUCAAAUACCCAACUGAUUGCUUUUAAAGAAAGAGACAUAUACUAUGGCAUUGGGCCCAGAACUUCAUGGAGCACAGUUACCAGAGACCUGGUCACUGACCUCAGGAAAGGAGUGGGUCUUUCCAACACAAAAGCUGUCAAACCAACCAAAAUUAUGCCCAAAAAGGUAGUUAGGUUGAUUGCAAAAGGGAAGGGAUUCCUUGACAACAUUACCAUCUCUACCACAGCCCACAUGGCUGCAUUCUUUGCUGCUAGCGAUUGGCUGGUCAGGAAUCAGGAUGAGAAAGGUGGCUGGCCAAUUAUGGUAACCCGUAAGCUAGGGGAAGGGUUUAAGUCUUUAGAACCAGGGUGGUACUCUGCCAUGGCCCAAGGGCAAGCCAUUUCUACAUUAGUCAGGGCCUAUCUGUUAACAAAAGACCACAUAUUCCUCAAUUCAGCUUUAAGGGCAACAGCCCCUUACAAGUUUCUGUCAGAGCAGCAUGGAGUUAAAGCUGUGUUCAUGAAUAAACAUGACUGGUAUGAAGAAUAUCCAACCACACCUAGCUCUUUUGUUUUAAAUGGCUUUAUGUAUUCUUUAAUUGGGYUGUAUGACUUAAAAGAAACUGCAGGGGAAAAACUUGGGAAAGAAGCAAGGUCCUUGUAUGACCGUGGCAUGGAAUCCCUUAAAGCCAUGCUGCCCUUGUAUGAUACUGGCUCAGGAACCAUCUAUGACCUCCGUCACUUCAUGCUCGGCAUYGCUCCCAACCUUGCCCGCUGGGACUAUCAUACCACCCACAUCAAUCAGCUGCAGUUACUCAGUACCAUUGAUGAGUCCCCGAUCUUCAAAGAAUUUGUGAAGAGGUGGAAAAGCUACCUUAAAGGCAGCAGGGCAAAGCACAACUAGAGCUCAACCAAAAUCACAUUUCAGCCUCUUCUGAACCCAGAAACUACAGCUCUGUCUCAGCAGAGCACAGGCACACUUUUAAAGGUUGUGUAUACUAGGUUUUUGUGGAUUAAAGCAAAGUGAUAAGUGAUCCUUAAAAUCCGUCUUCUGAAAUAAUUGCAUUCCAUGGGUUGAGUGUUUAGAAAUGUAGGAGGCAUUUAGAGCAGAGUUUAGUCAGCCAAACAAAGAUGUUUGUCUUAGCCUUGCUCAACACCUCAUGGAGCCACAYAGAUAGUCCAGUCCUGCUCAGCAUGGGAAAAAUCAUGGUAAGUWGCUAUUACCGGCCAGCUGUCUAGCACUUACCUAGAGACUGGUAUGGAGCUCUUUUAAAACGUGAUUAUUUAUAUUUAUAUUGAAAGCAGACUUUUCAAAAAAUUAUGUGCUAUAAUACAGUAAAAAAUGUACUUGUAGCCUGGAUAGUGGACUGUGUUCAACUUUUUAAAAAGCUGGUUUUUUUUCUACAGAUUCAUUUCUUGGGGGUAAAUGUCACAUUUGUUCAAUUUGUUAUAUAUGGAGAAUAUUUUGAAUUAUGGUUUUCUUGAAAUAUGUAAAUUAAAUACACAACCAGUGUUCAGGCUUCACAGUUAUAUAAUGUAAGCACAACUAAAAUGAAACUUGUUGACUGCACAAGAAAUUACAAAAAUGUUAUCUGUUUUGUGAAACUUGAUCUACAAUCAGUAAAAGUUUGAUAAUCAGUCUAUCCCUCCCUCAGCCCCCAACUUAAUGGUUUCUUUUUUGUCACUGUCUGGAAUCAUGCAUUUCAUUUCAGCCUGCACUUUGGGAGUUUUGUUCAUGGGGUGGGGGAUAUUUGGGGAGACAUUAUGUGGAAUAUUUAUUACAAAUCUAAAUUUAGAACGGGACUAGUAAAUUUAAGUCUACCAUUACUUCCUGUUAGGAUUUCCCAUCCCCUUUAAGGAAAGUACUAGGUUAAAUAUACAUGAAUCAUAAUAAAGUUUUCUCCUGCCUAGAUCAYUUUUUAUUAUCAUUUUCCAAAUCAUUGAUUCUGUCAUUGUUUUUUCCUUUAAAAUUUAAUUUUAAAUUUUUCCAGCUGUUAAAAGAAAUGCUACUGUGUUUGCUGCCCAUAAUCAGAGCUUUAUUUAGGUUAUGUAUCAUACCAAACCUCAUAAAUAGGUUCCAUAGUCCUUGGACCAUGGGCAAUGUCUGCUAUAGGGCUUCAAAUAUUAGGUUAAAACAAAGGGGUUGAUUUUGCUCUGGUUUUUGUUUUAGGGUAUGAUAAUACACAAAAUCAAUACUAUAAUCUACAGUUUGGAAAUAUGAGACCCGACACUUUCAAGGGACUGACAAACACAACGCAGUUUAUCUGUGACCUCUACCAGGUACACAUUUAAGAGCCAGAUGGAUUACCUGCCUACACACUAUAUCUUAAUUAAUUCACCCUACCAACCACUGUUUAGAAGCAUAUGUGAGAUAUAUAUAUAUAUCAUAACAUCACCUAAGGGAGCAAGAGUCAAGAAGGUUGAGCUCUACGCUGAAGACAAUAUCAAACUGGCCAUAGAAAAAUAAGCUUAAACUCCCAAUUUUUAUGACCACAACUUUUAAUUUUGCCCAUAGCAACUGAUGUGGGUUAUUAGGCUUUUCCCCUUUGUAGUUCUUAUGYAUUAGAUGGCUCAGCAAUGUUUAAACAUAAAAUAUGUUGUAUUGUCUUGGCAGUAAAAAUGAAGACUCCCCUCUUUUUUUUGUUGUUGUUGUUUUCAAUGCCAAUACUCAAAACAAACUUUAUUCCAUCUGAGAACCUUAUACUUCAUCAUAUUUGUUAUUAUUUAGAAUGGUCCAGACUUCUGCUUUGUGUUUGCACAUUGGUCUUCAGAUUAGGGGAAUCAGUAAAAACAGUAUGGUACUGCUUCUGUGACAAAUAUCAGUGCCUUAACAAUAUGGCCGUUCUUUUCCACUGAAGAAGGAAAGAUUUUUUGAUCUAGAAAUGGCAUUGCUAUUUCACUGCUGUUGGUUUUACACUGCCUGCCUUCCACAUCAUAACAGCAACUUGAUUUGUCCUGUGAGCCCAGAAUUAUCUAAGAGGAUGAGUUGAACCCAUAGCAGCAGCAUUGUCUGUACAGACCCAUAAAUGCUUAUCAGACUUCAGGAUGCCUCAGGAUCACCUGGGAGCUUAUUGAAAUGUAGAUCCCAGAUACUCUAACUCUGCCUGUAGCAUGAUAAUCUGCAUGUUUCACAAGCAUCCAGGCGAUUGUGAUGCAGGGGAGCUGGGGCAUACCUGGAGGGAUGCUGCCUGGGAUCCUCCACUGCAUUUUCUCUACAAACAACUAGGGCAUUUGGGGAUUUUCAAUCAUGUAAAAUGUUUUCUUAGUUUAGAGAGAAUAGGGAGGGUAUUUUAAAGUUUUAAUUUGUUUCUUUACAUUUCUCUUUAAGAUUAUAGGUUUACUUUUGUUUUCUGUUUUCCACUUACCUUAAGUUAGCAUUGAUGUGAAACCUAGUGCCACUUCAGUUGUAAAACAAGCCAAAAGUUUCUGGAUGGAGGUCAAGUUUGGCCCAUUAGGAGUUAUUGUAUAUAAACACUUCACCCAAGAACCAUCCAGUGAACGUGAGCAAAUGCAAAAAUGACACCCAAGCACAAGUCUCCAGAUGUGGCGGUCCUUUUCCUUUGUUGGUAUGCAAACUUUCACUGAAAGCUGCUAUUUUCAUCCUCCUUGUAAUUGUUUUCUUGUUUAUUCUCCAUUGUACAUGUGGGUUAUAUACCAUGUGUUAAAUAUGCAAUAAAGUGUUUACUGGAUGCCCUUCUGAAGGGUAGUCCUUUGUAAAGCUGUACAGACUUUGCAGUUUAAGCACAAUGUGCACAUGUUAGUUUUAUAUACAGCAAAACUUGAUUUUUUUGCAGAUGGAAAGGUAUUUUGUUUCUCUACAAAGUAAAUGGAUUGUUUGUGCUUAA